UAUCCUUUAGAACUCUCUAGUCUCUCAUUUUGAAAACCCUAAUAGCCGCCAUCGCCUCCCAAACGCCUUGGAAAAUGGCCGGUGAAGGAUUAGUUCUCCGUGGCACCAUGCGCGCCCAUACGGACAUGGUGACCGCCAUUGCCACUCCCAUCGAUAACUCCGACAUGAUCGUCACCUCCUCACGCGACAAAUCCAUCAUCCUUUGGCACAUAACAAAGGACGAAAAGAACUACGGCGUCGCCCGUCGUCGUCUCACUGGUCACUCUCACUUCGUACAAGACGUUGUACUCUCUUCCGAUUCUCAAUUCGCUCUCUCCGGUUCCUGGGAUGGUGAGCUUCGUCUCUGGGACUUAACUGCCGGAACCUCCACUCGUCGCUUCGUCGGCCACACCAAAGAUGUUCUUUCUGUUGCAUUUUCCAUUGACAAUCGUCAGAUUGUUUCGGCUUCUCGCGAUCGUACUAUCAAGCUUUGGAAUACGCUUGGAGAGUGCAAAUACACAAUUCAAGAAGGCGACGCUCAUACCGAUUGGGUAAGCUGCGUUCGUUUCAGCCCAAGUACUCUCCAACCCACCAUUGUUUCAGCUUCGUGGGACAAAACGGUUAAAGUUUGGAACUUGACUAACUGUAAGCUUCGUAACACAUUGGCCGGUCACUCCGGUUAUGUGAAUACGGUGGCGGUUUCUCCUGAUGGGUCUUUAUGUGCCAGUGGAGGAAAAGAUGGAGUGAUUCUAUUGUGGGAUUUGGCUGAAGGGAAGAAGCUUUACAGUCUUGAAGCGGGUUCGAUCAUUCACUCGCUUUGCUUUAGUCCUAAUAGGUAUUGGCUCUGCGCUGCCACCGAGCAGAGUAUCAAGAUCUGGGAUUUGGAGAGCAAAAGCAUUGUGGAGGACUUGAAGGUUGAUCUUAAGACUGAGGCUGAGAAGUCUGACGUCUCUGACACCGGAAACAAGAAGAAGGUGAUAUACUGCACUAGCUUGAACUGGAGUGCGGAUGGAAGCACCUUGUUUAGUGGCUACACUGAUGGUGUAAUCAGAGUUUGGGGAAUUGGUCGUUACUAGCUUGAAGUGUUAAGGCGCGAAGCUUUUGUUUCGAUGUUGGAAGGAUAUUGAGGUGUUGGUCUGGUUCACUGUUAAGUCUGAAUUAAUUGGAGUAUGUUCAUCCCAGCUUUGGUUCUUCCCUUUUAUAUCCGAAUUGAAUCCCUGAUAGAAAAUUUGAAGGGAUGCUUUUCAUCUGCUUGUUUCUCAUCAAUCGUAUUGUCAUUCUCUACUAUUUCUAGUGUUACAUCUUACUCUUUUGUUUCCUUC